CGGAAAGAAAAUAUACGGAAGGGACGUCAUCGUUUGCUUCUGGGUCCGACACGGAAAUAGACCUGUCAACAAACUACAGUGAUUUGUUUUACUUAAAUGUGUCGGUUUUAUUUCUUUCUUGCGACAGAUAGAUCCAAAGGUCCACAACAUGAAGUCUCUGUACAGACAGUGAAGCUGCCUCGGCUAGCUGGAGCUACACAGCUAGCGUUAGCUAACACUGCGAGCUGUUUCCCCCUCACUGGCUGUGAGAAGCGGCUUGUUUACCUUACGUGCGGGACAGUAAGCUAAUUUAACAGGUUCCAGUAAAUGGCCUGCACUUUAGAGAAAGUGUUGGGCGAUGCCCGGACCCUUCUGGAGAGGCUGAAAGAGCACGACACGGCCGCCGAGGGACUCAUAGAACAGUCCGGGGCCCUGAGCCAGAGAGUGCAGGGCAUGAGAGAGGUGGGAAAUGACCUCCCAGACAAGCCCACAGAAGACUCUUCUGAGAUUCAGGAGCUGACCAAAUACAAGCCCCAUGUUCUUCUGACUCAGGAAAACACUCAAAUCAAGGAACUACAGCAGGAGAAUAAAGAGCUAUGGUUGUCUCUCGAAGAACACCAAUACGCGCUGGAGUUGAUCAUGGGUCGAUACCGCAAGCAGAUGCUUCAGCUAAUGAUGGCGAAGAAGGAGCUGGACACCAAACCAGUGCUUAGCCUCCACGAGGACCACGCAAAAGAAGUGCAGAACCAGGUGGAGCGAAUAUGUGAGAUGGGCCAGGUGAUGAGAAGAGCCGUGCAGGUGGAUGAUCAGCACUACUGCUCUGUUCAAGAGAGGCUGGCUCAACUAGAGAUUGAAAACAAGGAGCUGCAAGACCUCCUGGUCAUCAGCAAGAGCUCCGUGAAGACAGCGAGAGAGGAGCCCCACCAGCCAGCAACAGUAGCACAAGAACAGUCCCCUCAACCGGAGUCCAACGAGUGACCAGAGCAGCUUCAGUGUGAACUGUGAAUGAGGAAACAAGUCCUUCGGGACCAGGAGACAGGGUUGAUGAUUUCUUCAACUUUAUUCACCACAUUGUUUUUAUUUUCUUAUUAAAGAUGGGAUGCAGUCAGACCACAGCAUCUGUUUUGUAGCAAAGGCCACUCUUAACACAUCAUUGACUGUCAGGAGCAUUUACCUGUGGUAUAUCUGGAUGGUAGCUCUCACAUAUGUACAUCACACGUAUGUACACACACACGCACGUACUGGAGGCAGCAAAAGCAAAGGGGAUUUAUUUUGUUUUUUUGCCAAAGAUGCAUUUGCUCGUUAAGGACAAAGUUUCUACCUCUUUGUUGCCCCUUUGCUGUUCACUCCCAUUCACAUAGUGUAAAAUGCUCAUCACCACCCUGCUACGACUUGACUCAAUGGAAACUGAUGAUAUCAACUUGUAAGUGGCACCAUUUUAAGUAGCUGUGCUUGAUAAUCACUUUGUCAACAUGAUGACUUUUGGCUGUUUCACUGUUUCACACAGUUUGCCUGCUGAGUAGCGACAGUGGAUCAUUUAUGUGUGAUCGUCUAUCAUGUUAUGAAUUUGAUACAUUUGUCUUGUACUUAAAUUGAGUGUCUUAAACACCAGUUUUCUAGUUUUGGAUGCAGAGUAUUCAAAUGUACCAGCUGAUGGCACAUCUUUAUUUAAUGGUAACAUUUCAAAGUAUGCCAUCCUUUUGUUGAAAUGGAUAUUAAAUGUUUGUGUGCUGUAUGUUCUCAGAAAUUCUAUAUUGUCAUCUCAGGAAAUCAGUGUUAAGGUGAACAUGCUGAAAUGACUUCAUGACAGUGUAAUGAUUUGUGUCAAACAAAAUUUCAUUCAAAAACUUUAAAAUAAAUUUGUAAUAAAUGCAA